AUGGAGGAGUAUCCAGCCCACUGGAAAAGCACUCUCAUGGGAGUGGAUUUCUGGAAAGACGCCGCCGCCUAUGAAGAUGAGGUCGCUAAAACGCUUCAACGAGCCCUAACUCUAGACCUGCAUACCCAAUUCCCCUUCAACAUGGGCACUGAGCAAGGCCCUCGUCUCCAGGAUGUCCCCAAGAUACAGCGCCAUCUGAGUGCGGUAGAACUUCCUGCACUUUCUGGUCUUCGACGUCGUUCUAGCGUGAAAGGUACUACUGCGCGUAUCAAAGGUCUUGCCCGCCAUGUGCGAACUCCUUCGUUUAUUGCGCCUCCGUCGGCUUUGGAUCUGAAGUUAUCACUUGAUACUACUUCCCAGGUAGUCAGUGAUUCCAAAAGUACUACUGUUCGGGCCGUUGAGAUCUUGUCUCGUUCUCCGAAUACUUCCAUCGAUUUUCCUAUUACCUCAGGUCUGGCUACGCCUGUCAAACCGAUUCAGUUCUUCCGCGGCGGUCCAUCUUGGGGGGAGCUUCCCAGAAGCAAGGCGACUCUGGGACUGGAUUUGUUCUCUAGUAUUGAAGAAGAAGAAAAGGAUGAUGACAUCCUUGCUAUCAUUGAGCUGAAGCCGCUGUGUGAGUUUCGGAACCUUCGUUCCCUCAAGCUCACCGGUAUGCUGCGCUCGUACCAAGUGUACAUUUGGCAGGCUGUUUGGCUGAAUCCCAACCUUGAAGCUCUGCAUUUGGCUAUGGCGCUUGAGCCGGGUAUUCUUUCCAUCCAGAGCACCGAGUGGAAACAGAUCAAGACUGGUUGGAAGAUGAGUGGAAAGCAGUAUGCUUAUCCGGUUUACUAUGGACAUUACGGCACUGGCGAAUUGAACCCAGACAUUGGAUACGGCGAGUAUCUCGACAAACAUGCCAUCGAAAAGGCCAAGAUCUGUGCGAUGGCUAUGGGCCCCACUUCGAAACGUCUGGGGAUCAAGACCAUCUCGCUUUCCGGCUUCGUCGUUGAUGCUGACCCAUUCUUGCACUGGUUUGAUCCGGAGAAGCUGCGGACUAUUCAUUUCAAGGCACACUGUGUGGAUGCAGGAUUGUGGUUACCUCGCAACAUGCGGAAUGUCACUAUUCGCCUGUCUAAGCCUUUUGACUUGGAGGCUGUUCCCAUUGGCAUUGUCACACUGAACUUGUUGAAGGAUCUGAGCAUGAUCACGUUGGUGAAGGGGCGCAAGGUGAGCCAGGUUGCGUUUGAGCAUUGGGAUACAGAGGAGUGGGACAGUCUUUUCAGUCCCAUGUCCAGAUCUACUUCUGGAUGA